CGGGGCGGUGGCUCCUGUGGGUGUGGGUCUGGGUGAGUGUGCCUGCGGGGGAGGGGGGCGGCAAUCCUCCCUCCCGAGCUCCCUCCCCCACCCCGUGCGUCCGCUUCCGAGCCGGAUGUUGGCGGAGCUUUGACAGGAGGAGGUGGCGGCAGAGGCAGCUUCGGCAGCGGCGGCUCUGCAGGGCAAGACCAAGCAGCAGCAUGGCCAUGGAUCCUCUCUCCGAUCUGCAGGAUGACCUAGCCUUUGACAACACCAGCCAGGCCCUGAACCAGCUGAAGCUGGCUUCCAUUGAUGAUAAAAACUGGCCCUCGGAUGAAAUGCCUGACUUUCCCAAAUCCGAUGACUCCAAGAGCAGCUCCCCGGAUCCUGUCACACACCUGAAAUGGGACGACCCUUACUAUGACAUAGCCCGACACCAGAUCGUGGAAGUGGCAGGAGAUGACAAAUAUGGGCGGAAGAUCAUCAUAUUCAGUGCCUGUAGGAUGCCUCCAAGCCACCAGCUGGAUCAUGUCAAACUCCUAGAGUACCUAAAGUAUACCUUGGACCAGUAUGUGGAGAGUGACUACACCCUGUUGUACCUGCACCACGGCCUGACCAGUGAGAAUAAGCCCUCCCUCAGCUGGCUUCGAGAUGCUUACCGGGAGUUUGACCGCAAGUACAAGAAGAACAUUAAAGCCCUGUACGUCGUGCACCCCACCAUGUUCAUCAAGACGCUGCUCAUCCUCUUCAAACCCCUCAUUAGCUUCAAGUUUGGCAGGAAGAUUUUCUAUGUGAACUACCUGAGUGAGCUGAGUGAGCAUGUGAAGUUGGAGCAGCUGGGCAUCCCCCGCCAAGUGCUCAAGUAUGAUGACUUCCUCAAAUCCACCCAGAAAACGCCGGCCACAGCUCCCAAGCCCAUGCCCCCUCGGCCCCCACUCCCCAACCAGCAGUUUGGGGUCUCGUUGCAGCACCUCCAGGAGAAGAGCACCGAGCCCGAACACCUGCCCCUUGUCCUCAGAGAGACCGUCACCUACCUGCAAGCCCAUGCUCUUACCACAGAGGGGAUUUUCCGGAGAUCAGCCAACACUCAGGUUGUGCGGGAGGUGCAGCAGAAGUACAACAUGGGGCUGCCGGUAAACUUUGAGCAGUAUGAUGAUGUGCACCUCCCAGCGGUCAUCCUGAAGACCUUCCUUCGGGAGCUGCCUGAGCCCUUGCUCACUUUUGACCUCUACCCCCACGUUGUGGGCUUCCUCAAUAUUGAAGAGGACCGGAGAGUAGCAGUGACCCUCCAAGUCCUGCAGACCCUACCUGAGGAAAACUACCAGGUCCUGCGCUUCCUCACAGCCUUCCUGGCCCAGAUCUCCUCCUAUAGCGACCAAAACAAGAUGACCAACACUAACCUGGCCGUGGUCUUCGGGCCCAACUUGCUGUGGGCCAAGGAUGCGGCCAUCACUCUCAAAGCCAUCAAUCCCAUCAACACCUUCACCAAGUUCCUGCUGGAUCACCAAGCAGAGCUGUUCCCCAACUUGGUGGGGCCCUGAGUGCCCCUCGUUUCCAUCCCACCCCCUCCUCCCCCUCUUCUCUGGCAGCCACCGUCCACUCCCUUGGCCUUGUCCCAGUGGAUUCCCCGUGCAGGAAUAAGCCUCGGGGUCCUGAGAGGUAACAAAGCUCAGGAAGGAGACCCCUCCUCUGUGACGGGUACAGACUUCCCAGCCAGUGAAACCCUUCUGUUCUGUGCCCACAGCCUCGCCCAGGCCCCCACCCUACUGAGGCUUCACAGGCCUCUCUUUUAAACAUUCCUUCUCUCAGCAGCCUUAUACUCCUACACUGCCUCUGUGGUGCCCAGGAUGCUGGAGGUUUCCCUGAUGCCAAAAUCUGGCUUUCAAGGUGGGAAAAGAGGCAUCCCUGACAAGCUGUUUUCCCCUUGCUCUCCCUGUUGCCCUGGUAGCUGACUGCCCACGGGGCUGGUGGCUCUGGGACCGGUUGUCGCCUCCAUGGUUUGUGUUUAGUGUGACCAGGAGAGUGUUCUGCUUCCCAGAGAACGUUCCAGGCCCAACUAAGGCCAUGCCCCUCUGUGGGGGGCUCAGCCUUUGGUUUGGGGACCAGUUUCAGUGACAUUGGCCCUGCCAGGUAGCACCUGGCUCUACACCCCUUUCCACCUCCUAGACUCCCAUUGUCUUCUGGCUGAUCAGAGGACUCGGGAUUGGAUGGUGGCAUUGGAGGAGGGGAAGCCCCUUCGGAAACCCCUCCCCCUACUCCAGAGUCAUAGCGUAUCUCCCUGAGGUUUGGUCAGUGACAGGUUCGUCCGCGUUCCUUAGGUGCCUCUAUCCACUCCUUCCCAGCCUUAGACACGAUUCCUGAAACCUCAGGACUUGUGCAGACUCUGUUGUGUCAAACCCAGGGUACAAGUCCCCUUGGGGGCAGGGCAGCAGGGUCGAAGCACUGUUGGUCCAUGUUCUAGGGACUUCCUGAAGGCUGGAUUUGAAGGGCCUCUUGUAGCUGUGACUUGAGUGUAGAGGUGGCUUUGAUUGGCCUUUGGACCUUCAGGCCUGUCUCCAGGCCCCUGCAGGCCAUGGGGCUCCUCUCAGUACAUCCCUGUCAGAUGAGUCCACGAUGACUCUGCACAGCCCUACACACCCUGGCAGCCUAGAACCAACCACCCGCUGUCCUUGAGAACCUCCUAUAAUGCCAUUGAAAAAAUGUCCCUUAUGACCCGUCCCACUAUUAUGUGUCCAGAGCUGAUCUGCGCCUUUUCCUCUUUUGUCCCCUUUUUGUCCUCAGCCCUGGGGGAGCUCCUGUUCCUUGUACCUCUGCCCCCACAUCCCUGGGCGGGAGCAGAUAUGCCUGGAGCUCAGCAUCUUUGUGGCCUUUGCUGACCUCUUGCUCUCUUUUCUGACUUGAUCAAGCCAGCCCUUCUUGCCCACUGUCUGGGGGGGAUUGAGGCUACGCACUGGCCUAACUGGGCUCUUUCCUCUUGAGGUUACAGGUACAGGGUGGGGCCUGGGGUCCUGGAAGCUGUCCCCUGUCCCUAUCUGCCCCUUCCACUUUCGGUCCUCAUAUGUGUACUGCAUUUGCCUAUGGCCCCUCCCCCCAACUCCCUUCCUUUUAUGGGGAGGUUUUUUGGGCUGUCUUGUCCCUUUCCUCCUAGCGGCCUUUCCCACUGGUCUGCCUCUGGGAGGGCUCGACUGUGAAAUGAGUUCACAUUCACACUUAUUGACUUCCUCUGCACCAAUCGUGUAUUUCACCAUUUGCACUUUUUGUAUUUCAAUAAAAAUAGAGAUCAAAAAAUA